CCGGCACCGGCAGCACCGGCGGAGGCGGCACCGGGGCUCAGCGCAGCGGAGCUGAUGUCCAUGAGGAGCCCCGUCUCUCCACCCCCGGAGCUGGAUGGAGCGGGCACCAUGGUGAACUGCGCCGUCAAGACCGAGGAGAAGAAGGAGGGCAGCCCUGAAACCCCCCCGGGGGCUGCCCCCAGCGCUGACCCCCGGCCCCACGACCCCCCAGGGCCACCUCCCAGGGAUGGCACCGACCCCCAGGCCCUGCCACAGGAAUCCCGCUCUCCCUCCGGAGACGUCCCCGAGCCGCGGCGCUCCGCCUUCGAGCCGGCCGGGAGCGGCCAGGAGAAGCUGGACUUCAACAGGAACCUGAAGGAAGUGAUGCCAACCAUCGAGAAGCUGCUGGCCAGUGACUGGAAGGAGCGGCUGCUGGGCCGGAACGCGGCUGAAUCCAAGGAAGUGAAAGGAACGCAGGAGAGCCUGGCGGAGAAGGAGCUGCAGCUGCUGGUGAUGAUCAACCAGCUGUCCACGCUGCGGGACCAGCUGCUGACGGCGCACUCGGAGCAGAAGAACAUGGCCACCAUGCUCUUCGAGAAGCAGCAGCAGCAGAUGGAGCUGGCACGGCAGCAGCAGGAGCAGAUCGCCAAGCAGCAGCAGCAGCUCAUCCAGCAGCAGCACAAGAUCAACCUCCUCCAGCAGCAGAUCCAGCAGGUCAACAUGCCCUACGUGAUGAUCCCCGCCUUCACCCCCGGCCACCAGGCCCUGCCGGUGAGCCCCGAGUCCCAGCUGGCGCUGCCCAUCCAGCCCAUCCCCUGCAAACCGGUGGAUUACCCGGUGCAGCUCCUGCACAGCCCCCCUCCUGCCACGCUCAAGAGACCCGCGGGCCCGGGACACCUCCAGAUGCAGGAGACCUCGCAGCCGCUGAACCUGACGGCCAAGCCCAAGGGCUCGGAGCUGCCCAGCGCCUCCAGUUCUCCCAGUUUGAAGAUGAGCGGCUGCCAGGCGCUGCCGCCGAGCCACGGGGCCAGCAGGGAGCUGCAGAGCAGCCCCUCCAACCUCCCGCUGGGAUUCCUGGGAGAGGGCGAUGCCAUCACCAAAGCCAUCCACGACGCGCGGCAGCUGCUGCACGGCCACGGCGCCGCCAUGGAGGGGUCACUGAGCAGCCCCUACCGCAAGGAGCCCGUCGGGAUCGACUCCUCCCCAGUGAAGGAGCGGAUGGAGGAGACCCCCGGCCACCGGCUGGACGAGGCUCUGCUGAGCUGCGAGAUGGACGGCUCCCGGCACUUCCCGGAGUCCAGGAACAACAACCACAUCAAGCGGCCCAUGAACGCCUUCAUGGUGUGGGCCAAGGACGAGCGCAGGAAGAUCCUGCAGGCCUUCCCAGACAUGCACAACUCCAGCAUCAGCAAGAUCCUGGGAUCCCGCUGGAAAUCCAUGUCCAACCAGGAGAAGCAGCCCUACUACGAGGAGCAGGCGCGGCUGAGCCGGCAGCACCUGGAGAAGUACCCGGACUACAAAUACAAACCGCGGCCCAAGCGCACCUGCAUCGUGGAGGGCAAGCGGCUGCGCGUGGGCGAGUACAAGGCGCUGAUGAGGAACCGGCGCCAGGACGCCAGGCAGGGCUACUUGAUAGGGCCGCAGGGCAGCCAGGUGCCCCCCAGCUCCUCGGACGUGCUGUACCCGCGGCCGGUGGGCGUGCAGCUGCCCCCGCCCCUCCUGGAGCAUUACCUGCCCCGCGGCGUGGACCCCACCAUGCCCGUCAUCGUCAACACCCGCAGCCUCAAGGACGGCGACGCCGGGGACGACGGGCACUCGGUGCCCGAGGGGGACAUGUACCGCUACAGCGAGGACGAGGACUCGGAGGGCGAGGACAAGAGCGACGGCGAGCUGGUGGUGCUGACGGACUGAGGGGACACAGGGGGACGGUGGCAGGGCUGGCUGACACCUCUGGCUGUGUCCUGGUGUGGUGCCACGCAGAGCUGCCCACCUGU